AUGGCUGAGAGGUUGAAAGCUGUCCAAAAUUUUGGUUUUUUGGUCAAAAUACCCAUAGCUGAGAGCUUGACACCUGUCCAAGAUUUUGGCGUGAGGCUGUGGUUUCCAGUUCGUGAUUUUCGUUCUUCUGUGGUUGAAGAAUUGGCAAGUCUAUGUAAUUUUAUGGCGAGGAUUCCUGACAAGAUUAGGUCUAUUGAUGGAUCAAAAGAAAUGCUUAAGCUUGCUGUUAGGAUCACCGAUCUUUGGUUCGUUGGGGCUCCCAACAAGUCUGAGCAAGCGGAGAUGGUUUUUGUUGAUUCUGAGGGUGAUCAAAUUCAUGCUAUUUGUAAAUCGGACCACCUCAAGUCUUGGAAAGUUGAUUUGAAAGAGAAUUGCACUUAUGUUAUGCAUAAUUUCAAAGUUGUUAAGAAUGAUGGUCAAUUUAGAGUGUGCGAACAUGAGUACAAGUUAUUUUUUAUUGGAGUGACGGUUGUUAGAGAAGUUGAUUUGCAUGAACUGCCUUUUAAGGAAUUUAGAUUUGUUGAAUUUGCAAAUGUUGUUGCUGGCAAUUUUGUGUCUGGCUUGUUGGUUGAUAUUAUUGGGGUCGUUGAUCAGGUGGUCUUUCGGCAUGUUUCAUCGAAAAAUACCAGGGUUGUUUUUAGAAUGAAGGAUUUAAGUGGUGAAAUUUUGUCUUGCACACUUUGGGAGAAUUACUGUACUCAAUUCCUAUCCUAUUUGAAUGAACGCGGGGAUGAUGGUCCGAUGGUUAUUAUAUUGACACAUGCCAGAAUAAAAGAUGCACAGGGAAGUUAUCCAGCUUCAGUGAGCAAUUCCUUCAAGGUGUCAAAACUAUUGAUUAAUGAUCCUAUAUUGGAAAUUCAGGAAUUUAAAGAGAGGCUUUUAGAUUUAGGUGUAGAGGUGAGUCGAGUUUUGCUACCUGGCGAUCAAGCAAGCUCACAAGUUUCAGGGGGAAGUCAGCUAUCAUCAAAGGAUUCGUUUCUUUCAAAGGCUGAAGCCAAAACUAUUUUAGAAAUCAAUGCCAUUUCUGAGGUGGACCUGUAUAGAGUUGAAGUCAUGGUUACCCAAAAUAAUGAGAAUAGCAAAUUUUUGCUCUGGGACCGUGAAUGUGCUGAAUUGAUUGGUGAAACAGUUGAUGAUGUGAAUAGGGUCAAGAUUGAAGAUGGUGAUCUUGAUUUGAAUGCUUCCCCUCAAGCACUUGACAAAUUGUUGGGUCAUGUGCUUGCUUUUAAGGUCAGGAUUCAAUCAAAAUUCAAAAAUGCAGUUGUCCUUAGAUACUCAAAAGACCUGGAUUUGAUCAAUGUUGUUCUUGAGAUGCUGCCUUAUAGUGAGACAUGUUCCAAAAUAGAUCCUUCCAAUGUUGAUUGCAAUGAUGCUACACAAGUUGAACAUCAAUCUCUGUCUGUCACAGCUGACCAUGAUCCGGUUGCGGGAUUGCCUUUAACACCCAAAAAGCAGAUGUCAUAUGAUGAAGCCGAUGAUGAGUUAGGGAGCUCUCAAAUUUCGCCAGCCCAACUAUCGUCUAACAAAUUAACAAGACAUUCUCAUAAGAGCUAA